AUGUUGGGCUGGUGUGAAGCGAUAGCCCGUAACCCUCACAGAAUCCCAAAUAGCACGAGGACACCUGAGAUUUCAGGAGAUCUGCCUGAUGCAUCACAAAAUUCAACUUUGAAUGACAAAUCUCCAGGGCGUUCUGCAAGUCGGUCAAGUAACAUAUCUAAGGCCAGCAGUCCAACGACAGGAACAGCUCCCAGAAGCCAGUCCAGGCUGUCUGUCUGCCCAUCCACUCAGGACAUCUGUAGAUCUUCCACUUUGCAUGAUUUGUCAGAAGAUACCUUUGAGCAUACCACCCCUGUCAUGGUGCUGACCCCUACUUGUAGGGAGUCUAAUAAGAAACAAUUGAAACAGAGGUUUAGGCGGAGGAAGAGAGAGGCUUCGGAAAGAUAUGAACAUGCAGAAAAGCAGAGGAAGGGGAAGAAAAGUAAGUUCCACCUCCCCAUCUCAAGCCCUCGAUGGAGUGAAUUCCAUAAAGAGAUGUCUGAUUCUUCUUCCACCGAUGAAAAUCAGUGGGUUCAGGCUCGGCAAAGGGCCCAAGAAAGAAGUAAGAUUCCCCGAAGAGGAAGAAGAAGUAAUAACAGGACAGGCAGAAACCUGGAUGGAUCUCCAACAACUUCUAACGCCCUUGAGGAUGUCCAUCUCAGGUCCAGAGAGAAUCAAGAGCUGACUGAAUAUGAGAACUGUUCUUUAAAUCACCGUAGGGGUAAAGCCAAGAGAUAUAAAGAAUAUAGCCUUUCACCACCUCUCAUAUCUCCUGAGGCAAAGAGUUUCCCUGAAGACCUUGGUAGAAAUAGAAACAAAUGCCACCAUGGAGAUCCACAGUCCUUGGCUUAUCUUCGGCAAAGUGAAGCCCCCAAAGAAAUCUUUUCAAAGAGAGAUUCAGGCCCAGAGACAAUGCCAACACUUUCACACCUUGAAGAACCAGUGGAUGCAAAGAUCUGCCCUACCCCAUAUGAUGACAGGUGUGAUGAUUCAGAAGUGUGCAGGAUCUGUCACUGUGAGGGAGAUGAUGAGAGCCCCCUUAUCACCCCAUGUCGCUGCACAGGAACCCUACGGUUUGUUCACCAGGCUUGCCUGCACCAGUGGAUUAAGAGUUCAGACACUCGCUGCUGUGAGCUCUGCAAGUAUGACUUCAUCAUGGAGACCAAGCUGAAGCCUCUCCGAAAGUGGGAGAAACUACAGAUGACGACAAGUGAGAGGAGGAAAAUAGUCUGCUCUGUCACAUUCCACAUUAUUGCUAUCACCUGUGUCGUGUGGUCUUUGUAUGUGUUAAUAGAUCGGACUGCGGAGGAAAUCAAGCAAGGGAAUGACAACGGUGUCCUUGAAUGGCCAUUCUGGACAAAACUAGUUGUAGUAGCCAUUGGCUUCACAGGAGGCCUUGUCUUCAUGUAUGUCCAGUGCAAAGUCUAUGUGCAGCUGUGGCGAAGGCUGAAGGCCUACAACCGUGUGAUCUUUGUGCAGAACUGCCCUGACACUGCCAAAAAGCUGGAGAAGAAUAUCCCCUGUCAUGUGAGCACAGACAUCAAGGAUGCGGUGGUGGUGCCCGUGUCCCAAACGGGUACAAAUGCUUUGCUGACCACAGAGGGUGGAACCCCUGAAGUCAUACCAGUCUGAUGGCACCAGUGUACCUUGUUUCACCAGUCUGAAAUGUUUUCCAGCCCUCAGUGACUAGAGAGAGCAGAAGUGAUUUUGCAUUGUUCCCCCAUCCCAGUCCUAGCUACCCUACUCCUUAACCACCCUCCAAUAAAACAAAAGAAAGAUGCAUCAGAUGA